AUGUCAAAUAAAAGAGUUCUUUUACGUCUCGGGGCCGUGAUUGUCCCCAAGACGAGAUACACUGUGGCGAUGCCUAAAAGGUACUAUGCAAGCCGCCCCAAGAAACUGGAAGCAUCCAUGGGAGGCAUCUUUGAACCAUUUCUUAAUGAUAAAAUAGACAAGAAACUGAUCAAGGAAGAAGAGCCUAUAUCAGCUCAAGAGCUGCUUGGAAGAGCAACUGUGAAAGACCUGUUACCAGACGAUGAUGUGCUGAAGCUCUCUUUGGAGCACAAACAAACGGUAUUGCCCAUUGAAAAGCAAAAGGAACUGGCAUCUGCAGUAUUGGAUCUGGUCAAGAAUGAAAAGCAUGACGCAGAGCAGAUUCUCAAGCUGGUGGAUAACAAGGCAACUGAGCUUACAGCAUUCGGCAAUAUCUUACUUAGAAGUUCAAAAUACGGUGCUCCAUUAGCACUGGAACUGUACAAAUAUGCCAUGGAUGAGGGAGAUGAUCGUGGUGCAUUCAGUUAUGCCAACAUGGUAUACAGAGGAUAUAAUGGCACACCCAAAAACGAAGACGAAGGCAUUCGUAUCAUGUCACAGCUAGCGCAAAAGGGACAUCCUUACGCACAAAUGAACCUGGCGGCUAUCUUGAUGCGCACUCAGCCAGAUAGAGUAUCAGCAGCUAUCAAACUAUAUGAGCUUGCAGGACAAGCUGGAUUAGACAAUGCCUACAGUGAAUUAGGUCGUAUGUAUCGCUUGGGUUAUGGUGUACAUCAAGAUCAUAAAAAGGCAAUCGAGUACUUUACAAAGGGCGCACAAUCUGGAAACCCUCAAUGCAAUUUCAUGCUCGGCGUGUACUGCUCCUCUGGUCUUGGUAAUGAUGAACGAGAACCAGAUCAGAAAAAGGCAUUCAAACACUUUCAAAAGGCAGCUGUCAAGGGUAUGGCCGAGGCGCAAUACAAUGUUGGACUGAGAUUCCUCAAGGGGCAUGGUGUAGAGGCGAAUAGCUUUAACGCUGCCGAAUUCUUUCGCAUGGCAGCAGUGCAAGGCUUUCAGUUGGCUCAGGUGAACCUCGCCGGCAUGUAUUCUGAAGGAAGAGGCGUAAAAAGUGAUCUGGAUGAGGCUCGCGCAUGGCUAGAAAAAGCUGCCUCUCAAGGAGGUUCUAUCGGUAAAGAUGCUCAGAAAAGAAUAGAACAACUGGAUGAAAUCCAAGGCAAAAAACGAGACAAAUGUAAUAUCAUGUAA